AUGGAGUCGGAUUCGGAUGUUCAGCACGACGAGACUCUCCACGACUCGGAAGUCGAGACGCAGGAGCCCCAGAAGGACGCGAAGCCCGGCAAGUCGGCGCUGAAGAAGCCUUCUGCCACGCCUGCUCCUGUCGUGCAGCGUCCUGAGCUGCCACCGCAGCCCGAUCCGAAGGAUCUCGAUGUUGCGUCGCUGAACCCGCUGACCGACUACAUCAUCGCCCGCCAGGCCACCAUCAACAUUGGCACCAUCGGUCACGUCGCCCACGGAAAAUCGACCGUCGUCAAGGCCAUCUCCGGCGUGCAGACUGUCCGUUUCAAGAACGAGCUGGAGCGCAACAUUACCAUCAAGCUGGGUUACGCCAACGCGAAGAUCUACAAGUGCGACAACAAGGAGUGCCCGCGUCCUACUUGCUACAGGAGCUACAAGAGUGAGAAGGAGGUUGACCCGCCAUGCGAGCGCGAUGGAUGCGGUGGCACCUACAGGCUGCUCAGACACGUCUCCUUCGUUGAUUGCCCUGGUCACGAUAUUCUCAUGAGCACUAUGCUUUCGGGUGCCGCAGUCAUGGACGCUGCGCUGCUGCUUAUUGCAGGAAACGAAACUUGCCCCCAGCCCCAGACGUCGGAGCAUUUGGCCGCUAUUGAAAUCAUGAAGCUCAACCACAUCAUCAUUCUCCAGAACAAGGUCGACUUGAUGAGGGAAGAGGGUGCCGAGCAGCACUACCAGUCGAUUCUGAAGUUCAUUCGCGGUACCGUCGCUGAUGGUUCUCCCAUUAUCCCCAUCUCGGCUCAGCUCAAGUUCAACAUCGACGCCGUGAACGAGUACCUAGUGACGAAGAUCCCGGUGCCUGUGCGCGACUUCACGGCCAAGCCUCACAUGAUCGUCAUCCGUUCCUUCGACGUCAACAAGCCCGGAGCCGAGAUCGAGGAGCUGAAGGGUGGUGUUGCCGGUGGUUCGAUUCUCACUGGUGUUCUCAAGCUCGGCGACGAGGUCGAGAUCAGGCCAGGUAUCGUCACCAAGGACGAGCAGGGCAAGAUCCAAGCGAAGCCCAUCUACUCCCGGGUGGUGUCUUUGUUCGCCGAGCACAACGACCUCAAGUUCGCCGUUCCCGGAGGUCUCAUUGGUGUCGGCACCCGCGUCGACCCCACGCUCUGCCGUGCCGACCGUCUGGUCGGUUUCGUUCUCGGCCUCCGUGGCCACCUCCCCGCCAUCUACACGGAGCUCGAGGUCAACUACUUCCUUCUCCGCCGCCUGCUCGGUGUCAAGACGGCAGACGGCAAGCAGGCCAAGGUCGCGAAGCUUGCGAAGAACGAGGUGCUCAUGGUCAACAUUGGCAGCACGGCAACGGGCGCUAAGGUGGUCGCCGUUAAGGCCGAUGCAGCGCGCCUUACUCUGACCAGCCCGGCGUGCACGGAGAUCGGCGAGAAGGUGGCGCUCAGCCGCAGAAUAGAGAAGCACUGGCGUCUCAUUGGUUGGGCAAACAUUGUUGCCGGUACGACCCUCACGCCCACGUCGGAAUGA